ACACCAGGUCUGUUCACACACUGCUGGUGUCUGUUUCUGUAACAUGGGACUGCUCCCCUCCUACACAGGUCCUCUGGGCUCAGUCUUCCUCUUCCUCUGUGCUGUUUGCUGUCAAAGAGCCCAAGAACCUCUUAAGCCCAGACUGACAAUGAGUCCUGCAGUCAUCGGAGAGACAGACUCUGUUUUGCUAAGCUGUGAGACGCCUCCAUUUCUCCCUGUGUCUCAGUGUUACAUUGACAUAGGGCAACAGAAUCCUCUCCGUGCCUGUCAUGAAACACUGACAGGGACUACCAUCCUCACAAUGACAGGUCAAAAGUCACCUGCUGAGGUCACAGUGACAUGUUACUACUAUGCUACAUGGAGCUCUACCCAAUCCCCUCUCAGUGAUCCUGUUACAGUAACUAUUCAGGAUCAUUUGAAGAGACCUGAGACUGGUGUAAAUGAUGAGUCAGUGAACGUGCCAGUGCUGACUGUCCAUCGUGGUGAGAACAUCAUCAUCACCUGUUCAUUUCCUGGAUCUGCCACUACUGACACCAAGUGUGACCUCUACAUUGGAGAGGAGAAAAAGACUUUCAUAACAACAAAAACAUCAAAUCAGCAGUGGUUCUGCCAGUUCUUUGUCUCUGAAAAUGAUCUGCUCAGACGUCUUCAGCAUGUGUUGCUUAAGGAGGUGAGCUGUGACUACAGGGUAGGUCCAAAACUAAACUUACUGUCUCCACGCAGUGAUGGAUACAGCUUAAGAGGUAUGAUGAUCGCUGACUCUGGUGAUGCAGUUACAAUUCAGACCCCCACAGAAACCUCAGGCUCAACUACUACCUUUACUCAGCCCUCAGAGCGUCACACUUUUAGUUUGACUGAUGGUACUACUACACCCUCUGAUACUACUAAGAGUUCUGCUGUUGAUAUGAUGGUAGCUGACUCUGGUGAUUCAGCAACAGUUAAAACCCCCACAGCAUUCUCAGGCUCAACUACUACCUUUACUCAGCCCUCAGAGCGUCACAUUUUUAGUAAGAAUGAGAACAACCAACACAAACCAUGUUCAUGAACACACACGGC